AGAAAACGCAAUUUCGUAUUGUGAUUCAUACUGUAUUCGUAAAUUUAAUAUCGUUUAUAUCUAUCAUGUAAUUUAGUAUUCAUACCAAUUGAUUAAAAUUAUUUACGAAUAACAUUAAAUUUUCAUUUUAAUUUCAGUUAUUACAUUGGAAUAGUUUUAUUUAUCGAUGAUUAAAUCAUAUUCGGUUUAAUCGAUCAGCUACGCCAUUUCGUCAUUGAACAAUUCGAUUUAAAUUUUAACAACAACGAUAUGUGUGUAUUGAUGAAGGAACGAUUACCCUGAAUACUAUUGAUAUACAACUAAAAUUGAUACGAUGGCGACGGAGAGUGAAGUUGUUUGGAAAUGUGGAUCAUGUGAUGAAUGCUUUUAUGAUCUACAAAUUUUAGCUAGUCAUAAAUGUAUAGGAAAUGGCGGAACUGUUGCUCUCAGUGACAGUUGUAUCAAACAACUUGAAGUUCAGUCGUAUGAUGUAUCAGAUUUAAAUAAUUCUUCUGAUCAAGUUCAGGAUAUCAGUGCUUUAAGCAUCAUUGAUGGCACUGAAAUAUCUGAAUUGCCGUAUGCAACAUCAUAUCAUAAACCAACUAUUAUAUCCAUUAAAAAGAAUUCUGAAUUUAAGAAACAUCAAAAAGGUAAAAGAAGUAUUGUUUGGACUUACUUCACAGCAUUAGAUGAUAAGAAAGCAAUGUGUUGUAUUUGUCAGAAAGUGAUAUCCUAUUGUGGUACGCCAACAAAUUUAGUGUAUCAUUUGUCUCGCUAUCACCCUGUUGAAGGUGAUGUCGUAAAAAGUAAGCAAGCUAAUAACAUAAAAUAUCAAUAUCUUUCUAAUAAACUCCCUAAACCUUGUGCAUCCGCUGAGGGGAAAAAGAGGGGCAGAAAUAUUAGUAUUUUGCCCAAAGUGACGAUAGAAAAAGCAACUCCCAUAACAAUUCUUCCUAAAAAAUCAAACAUAACAGAUAAAAUUAUUGAGAUGUUGCUUGUUGACAUGUUGCCAGUCAGUGUUUUAGAAGGAACCGGUUUCAAGAAACUGAUCAGUACAUUGGAACCGACGUAUCGAUUGCCUUCGACUAAAGACUUUUUCAUUGACCAUAUUCCUAAAAAGUAUUAUAUAGAGUACAAGAAAAUACAAACUUCAUUGAAAGAAGCUGAAAAAAUACACACAUCUAUUGAGCUUUGGACAGGAUACAGUGAACAGAGGUUCUUAACCGUAUCUGUUCACUUUGUCACUGAUGACUUUCAGUACAAAUAUUAUGCUCUGAAUACAUUUUUAAUGGCCACAGACAUUAAUCCUGAACAUGUGAUGACAAAUGUUGUGACAAGCAUUUCUCAGUGGGACUUAUCUAUGGAUGUCAUGUGUAUUGUCAAUGAUGGUUCCGAUUUAAUGACGAAAGCAUCUGAGUUAACGGGGUGGACAAAUAUAACGUGCUUCGCUCAUACAUUAGAUGAGAUCAUCAAAUCUUCCCUUUCUUCCUCGAAUGAACUCAUUGCUCUUGUAUCAAAAUGCAGAAAUGUAGUUAGUUUUCUUCGGUCCAAUGAAACCGCAAAGCAGCAACUGCUCGAAGCUCAAAUGCACGAUAAAAAUUUAAAAAUGCAGCAUUCAGAAAACCAGGGUUUGGAUAUAAAUGCUGCCACGGACAUCAAAUACCCAUUGAAAGUGAAGAAAGAUAACUCUAAUGAGUGGAUCAGCACAUUCUACAUGCUUCAGAGAAUUUCAACUUUAAAGAAUGUGUUGAUAAAAAUACUUAAUAAUUUCACUAGUUCAUUAGACAUACUAACUAAGAGCGACUGGACGGCCAUCGAAGAAACGAUCGGCCUUCUGAAGGCGUUUGAGGUUGUUAUUUUGGAGCUUUGCAACGAACCCUAUCAGUUUGCUUCUAAGGUUAUUCCAGUUACGUUAGGUUUGAAUUCCCUCAUCAAUAACUGCAAUGCUCUCACGCUGGGUUUCGUGGAAAAAGUGCGGAAAGAUAUUCUGUCUUCCCUGAGGAGGAGGCUUGGGCAAGUAGAGCAUAACUUAAUGUUGGCUAUGGCUACAGUACUAGACCCAAGAUUCAAAAAUAUAGCUUUUCAAUCUGAAGCAGCUGUAGAGACAGCCAUUCAAGAGCUGACCAGUGAAGCGAGCAAGCAGAUUAUUGGCAGUAUGAUGGACACGUCCAGUCCCGAGAAGGAGGUUAAAGAAUCUCGUACAGAUAGCCUGUGGGAGGGUUUUGAGAGGAAGGCCACUCCCAAGAAAGCUCCAUCAAGGACGGACGAUAUGAUCAACAAUGAGAUCAAAAACUAUCUGGAAGAGCCUUUGCUGGAUAGGAAAAAGGAUCCUUUCGUGUGGUGGAAGACGCAAGGCCAAGCUCAAUUCCCUAUUCUAGCGAAGGUAGCUAGACAAAUUUUGUGUGUACCAGCCACCUCCAUACCACCUGAAAGAGUGUUUUUGAAGAAAGGCAGGACUUUCUCUGAAAGGAGACGCCUCAUUAAGCCAAAAUAUGUAGACCAGUUUAUGUUUCUAAAUAUGAAUAUUGAUUAGUUCACAUGUAAUACUAUAUUUCAGAAUUGGCAUGCAUUUUUUUUU